GUGACCACUGUUAUAGGCUAAUGUGUGAAAAGAGGCGGGUCUUGGGGGUUAUCGCGCGAAUGAAAGAUUUGACAUAGCGGUGUCUCCUGUAGACAAUGGCGAAGCGGACUAUCAGUUCGUACUUUCUUCCUAAACCUAUAGAGAAGACAAAUCCUGAGAAUGAGUCCGACUCAACUUGUGAGGAAACGGUCGUGGCGAAAAAAGUCAACAAAUUCAGCUUUCGCGAUGAGUGGCUGCGCGAGUUCACCUGGCUCAGGUAUUUCAGGGAGACCAACUCAAUGAACUGUACAUUCUGCUGUCGAUUCUCACAACAUGCGGGGAACACAAACUUUUCUGAUAAGACUGGCACGACACAAUUAAAACACGACACGCUGAUCAAACACAACGCCAGUCUCAAACAUAAAAUGUGCCGCGACCUGUGCAAUGAAAGUGCAGCUCCACUCAGAGUCGCAUUUAGAAGAAAAGAGGCUGCUAACCAGUGCGCCGAGGAGGCCGAAUUGCGAUUGAAGUUUAACACGGCGUAUUUCAUUGCCAAAGAAGAACUGCCCUUUACGCAAUUUAAAGGCCAACUUGAUCUACAAAGGAAGAAUGGUGUCAAACUAAACGCAACGUACAAUAACGACACAGCAUGCGCACAGUUUGUUGGCAUCAUCGCAGAUACACUGAAACGGAAGACGUACGAGAAGAUUAAGGACGCUCCUUAUCUGUCAAUCAUGAUUGAUGGGGACACAGAUACGUCAACAAAAGAGUGUGAAAUCAUAUAUGCCAGGAUCCUGCAACAAGGGAAACCAACAAAUGUUUUGAUUGGCCACAUCGAAGUGCAACAUGCACAUGCUCAAGGUGUAUAUGAUGCCACCAAAGAGGCCUUCAAGAAACUGGGGACAGAAACAGGGUGGUUAGACAAGACGGUUGCCAUCACGCACACAAUAGCUCGACCGCAUGAAUAGAAGGUGCGCGCGUAGCGCUCAAAAAUUUUUUUCGCGAGCACCCAAGACCCAUUUUGACCCAGGAAAAAGUGCGCCCCUAAAUUUUCGCUUGCGCCCCUAACAUUUUAAGUUAGGAGCGACUGUGCUCCUAGUUAAAAAAGUUAGUCUGGA